CAGACUGUGGGAGCUGAUGAAGAAGAAGAUGGAAUUCCUUUUGAGGUUUUCAUGCGGCUCUUCCCCUGGUUGAGUGGAGCAUUCAAUCCUUUUGCAAAUCCAUUUGGGAAUCCUUUUUUCGAACACUUUCAUCAUGGAGGUUAUUCCUAUCACCACGGACACCAUUUCAGAGGUAAUUAUUAUGAGGAACCAUAUUUCCCCGGAUUUUAUGAUGACUCUGAUGAAGACGAUGACAGUGAAUAUGAAACUUAUGCCUUCCCAAGGCAACCAACAUAUGUUCCUGGUCCAACUAAGGAAGAAAAGAAAAAAGGAGAAAAAGAAAAAAGCGAAGGAACGACGAAAAGCUGCAAAGAUGGGCAAACAAUCACAAGCUGCCUCUCAAGCAAAGUCAAAAUCAACCCACAAUGCAUCAGAUAUGCAACAGACGUCCAAGCAGACUGUAGGCAAAACUGACUCAAGAACUUCAGCACCAAACAAUUUCACCAAUGUCUUUGAAACAAACAAUUCUACUUCAUUUGAUAAGAAUUCCAAUGCCCAUGGCAGCUGUGCCCCUGAAGUGUCUGCUGCAGAGAAAGUCGAGACACACAGCAAUGGCCGCCUGGACAAGAACAAGCUGACAGAAACUGAGAAGGUCAAGAUUGAUGUGAAACAGGGCAGCCAUAACACUUCUGAGGCAUCAGCAGGGACUCCUUCCCAGAACACCCAUGGCAAGAAAAGCAAGAAGAAACUUAAAGCAGAACAGAAACAACGUGAAAAGGAGAUGGAAUUGAUUGCUGCUGAAUUUAAGAAGAAGCAGAAAGAACAAGAGGAGAAGGAAGCUCAGAGAAGGGCUGUGAGACAGGAGAAGGAAAGGGAGAGUACUCCUGGUGGACAGGAUUGCAACAGAAGUGUUGCUGAUUCAGAGAUAGCAGGAAAUGAUUCUGAGUCUUUGCAGACAGAUGUAGAUGCUGAUGAUGAGGUAUCGGCAGUGAUGGAGGAUGUGGAUGACGACCUGGAUGAUGACAUUGAGAUUGAUGGCAUCGAUAGUGGAAAGGAUGGAGGAAAGGACAAGCACUUCAUGACAAAGGAUAUGUCCGAUAUGCAGGCAUCGGGUAUAACUGGUGUUUCUGACAGUGGACAGACAGGACAACAAACACCACCUAGACCUGGGUAGUUCCACAUGUUAUUUUGUGUGGCCAGCAGCACAGUGCCAAGCCUGGGUGAGAUGAACUUA